GUCGAACGUAACACGCAAAACCGAAUGAAGUUAUGUUGUUUUUUAGCCAAGCUCUCGGUUAUUUUGCGUCUAAAUAUUAUCACUAUCAGAAUGUUUCUGUUUUGCUAAUGUUGUGUCUGUUCUUCGUGCCUGGUGCAUCUGACAUUGAGGCAGGUGGACAGUCAGUGUUUGUGAUGGAGAGAGAUUCAGUCACUCUACACACUGAUGUUACAAUAAACCAACAAGACAGAAUUAAAUGGUAUUUUAAUGACACUCGCAUUGCUCAAAUCAAAGGAGAUUUUAGUUAUAUGUGUACAGAUAAACAGUGUGCUGGGAGAUUUAGAGGCAGACUGCAGCUGGAUCAUCAGACUGGAGCUCUGACCAUCAUGAACUUCAGAACUACAGACUCUGGAGUUUACAAACUACAGAUCAUCAGCAGAAGAAUCAGUCAAAAGACAUUUAAUAUUUCUGUUCAAGCUGCGUCUGGUGCAGAGACAGAUAAAACAAAUACCAAGUCAGUGAAGGAGGGAGAAUCUGUCACUUUAGAUCCUGGCAUAAUAAAAAACCCAAAUGAUUUAUUGACAUGGGAUUUUAAUAACAUUCUCAUCGCUGAAAUCAAUGGAGGUCUCGGUGAUAUCUGUACAGAUGAUCAGUGUAAAGAGAGAUUCAGAAACAGACUAAAGGUGAAUCAUCAGACUGGAUCUCUGAUCAUCACUAACAUCAGGACCACAGACUCUGGACUCUAUAAACUACAGAUCAACAGCAGCAUCCGCCAUCAUCAAGGCAUCAGCAACAUUAGCAUUAGGAGAUUCAGCAUUAGGAAGUUCAGCAUUACUGUCACUGGAGUGUCUGGUGCUGAGACACAGGGAGAGUCAGUGUUUGUAAUGGAGGGAGAUACAGUCACUCUACACACUGAUGUUACAAUAAACCAACGACACAGAAUGAAAUGGUAUUUUAAUGACACUCGCAUCGCUCAAAUCAAAGGAGAUCUCAGUUAUAUCUGUACAGAUAAACAGUGUGAUCAGAGAUUCAGAGACAGAUUGAAGCUGGAUCAUCAGACUGGAGCUCUGACCAUCACAAACAUCAGAACUACAGAUGCUGGAGUUUAUAAACUACAGAUCAUCAGAAAAAGAAUCGGCCAAAAGAUCUUCCAUGUUGCUGUUCGUGGAGUUCCUGCUAUUGAACAAGAUAAAAUGAGGAGAAAGAUAGUGAAGGAGGGAGAAUCUGUAAUUUUAGAUCCUGGUGAAAUAAAAAACUCAAAUUAUUUAAUAACAUGGCAUUUUAAUGAUGAUCACAUAGCUGAAAUCAGUGGAGAUCAGAGUAAGAUCUGUACAGAUGUUUGGUGCACAGAUGCUGAAGAGAGGUUCAGAGGCAGGCUGAAGGUGAAUCAUGUGUCUGGAUCUCUAACCAUUACAAACACCAAAAUUACAGACUCUGGACAAUAUAAACUAAAGAUCGUCCACAGCAUCCGCCGUCUUUACAGCAUCAGCACCAUCAGAAUUAGAAGAUUGAGUGUUACUGUCAUUGAAUUAGGUCCAUCCUCAGGUCUUAUAGCAGGAAUAUGUGCUGCUGCUGUUGUUGUUCUGCUGGUGUUUGCAAGUAUAACUUGUUCUAUCUGCAGGAGCUAUAUUCACAAGAUAUUACCACUAUGUUGUAGGGUCAGGGUAUAAAAUAGGUGUAGUUAUCACUGUGUGAUUUUAUUUUAGUCUUGUUUGGUACUCUUUGCAAAUAUCUAAACAUCAUCAAAAGGUGUAUGGUGAUACCUGUUUUUGUAAUGUAAAUGUUUUAGGAAAAGUCUAAAAUACUGUCAUAUGCCAUACUUCUUACAAAAUCCUGUGGAUCAUAUGAUGUAAAUUAAUAAGAAUGGGACAUGUGUUUUAGGUUCACUAAUGUUUCAGGUUUUUAGUAGCAUAAGCUGUUUAUAUA